AUGGCCCGCACUACAAUUAAUACAAUCACAUGGGUUCAUCUCAUCGGCCGUGUGCCCCUUUUCUUCUGUUCCAUUUCCUACCUGGCUAUAGCCGCAUACAUUGCUGCUAGAUGGGGGCCGGAGGACUCCAACAAGAUCUACCGGACGGUUUUGGCCGCAGCCUCCCUGGCAAUCGCCGUGGACGUCCUGGCUCUGGCUCUAUUGUUCCGAAAACCAUCAUAUUUGCCAACACUCAUCUUGCUAGAUGUUGUGGCCUGUAUUCUAGCAGGGAUCAGUAUCCCGGCGAUUGCGCUAAGCGACUACAACUAUGCGGACGACCCUAACCCCCACCUGCAUGGCUGGGAAAAGAUUGAUCUGGUACUCUUUGAUCUGAAUAUUGCAAUCAUGUAUGUUGUACUACACCCACUGCUUUGA